AUGGUAAAGACUCGAUACUUUUCACCGAGUGCUUGGCUGUAUUGCGCACUACUGCUCCCUCACAAUCUGGCUUGGCUGGAAAAGAUCAAUGAAGAGAAAACGGAAUCUUUUCAAAUCCUUCAGACGUGCAAACUUUUGGCGAAACAUUUCCAGAACCUGCAAAUACUUCAAUGGAACUAUGGCGAAUAUGGAAUGCUCCUUGCUCAGAAAGCAAUCGCGGACGUCCUCAUUGACAAUUACCUGCGCACUUUUGAGACUAUCCAUCGCAUUCUACACAUUCCCAGUUUUAUGCGCGAUUAUGAGCUCCUCUGGUCGGAAACUGAAGUGACUCCUGUCAAAUUUAUUAUUCAAGUUCAGUUAUGCUUGGCCCUGGGUUCGCUAGUGUACGAUGAUGACUUUACCCUUCGACCACAAGCCCUGCACUGGACAAGAGAAGCCGGGGCGUGGCUCGAGUCGGCAGCAAAGCGUCGUUUAAUGUUUUCCACAAUUCAGACCAUGUGUCUUUACCAGCUGGCUCGUGAGGGUCUACAAGGUACCUAUGGGGAUAGGAUAUGGAUCGUGUCAGGGUCUCUUGUCCGAGCAGCAAUGUCCAUCGGUCUUCAUCGUGACCCGACAAAACUACCGCCCACGUCAGCAACGCAUGCCGAGAUGCGCCGCAGACUAUGGACGACGGUCGUCGAGCUCGCUUUGAGCUCGUGUCUCGAUCCGGGUGCGGCUCCUCUCAUCUCUCUUGAUGAUUUCGACUGCAAAUUACCUUCAAAUCUCGAUGAUGCUCAACUGAAUCUGGAUUCCAACCACAGUCCAAAACCAAGGGACAAGGAUCAAUAUACCGAUUCGUCAUUGCAAAUCGCACUAGGCCGCACAAUAGGUACCCGUAUUGCCAUGGCUCGGUUCUGCACAAAGCUCAACCCAGAUGGCUACGACAAGACACUGGGACUAAACAAUGAUUAUAACACGGCUUGUCGUGCCUUGUCCGAGUCACUGCAAUCUCUGAAGCCAGCACCGUCCGAGUUUCAGCGUCAAUAUUGCGAAUUGGUCAUGUCCCAGUAUAGCUUUGCCCUACAUGUUCAGUACAUGAUGAUAUGCUCUCGCAAUCCGUCGUACCUAUUGUCCAGAAAAGUCUGCGUCGACACAGCGCUCAACCUAGCCCGCUCUUCACUACCGCUUGCGUCGGGGCACGACCAAGUACUAGCGACAAUGCAGGCCAUGACCAUGAAUCAGUCUCCCCAAGGCAGCGAAUUCGUGCGGCUAUGUAUCUGCGGAUCAGGCCCUUAUCGAUCCGCGCUAUUCCAAGCGCUCAUGAUAAUCGCGUCCGAGCUGAUUACCAUGAUUGAGGAACGCAAGGGUUCGCUUCACUGGCCUACGGGGCUGCUUGGUGGAGACAUGCGUGCUCACGAACUCCUUUCACUGCUCCGUGUGGGUGCAGAGUGGACAAGGCUUCGUAUGCGAGUCGGUCAAGAGAUCAACAAGGAUCAUUUAUUUGUGACUUUGGCCAUAUCCAACAUUGAAGCCCUAAUGAAGGAAGAGGCCGUGAUGGAAGCCAUGGACGUAAGCGGCAAGAUUGCUUGCUUGGAAGUAGAGCAGAUCCUAAAGGAGCUUCUUUCUGCUUACAACGAUGAACAAAUACCAGAAGUGCGGUUCAGCUCUGAAGAGGAUGACUUGUUGGGCUUCGAUGAAAUGUGGCUUAUUCAAAAUGGGGAUUUUGAUACAAACUUGGUUGAUUUAUAA